AUGGUAUCAAGAAAGAGGCUGGAUUAUGGUUUUCGUGGCUACCGAGCCCCCGUUAUUCCCAGAGCUCCUCGAUCAAUAAGGAGGAGGGUCCCACUCAAGGAUUCAUGCGAAGACAGCAAGCUUUGUCCUUUUGAAUUACUUGCAGCUGUAGCUGGUAAGUUGUUGCAAGAGAGUGAAAGCUCUACCUCAAGUAAUGUAGCUGGAGGAAAAGAUAAGCGAGUUAUUUCCGGAAAUGGAAAUGAGAAGGGACAGCUUAUAGAUGACAAAACUUUGAAAUCCGAUAGCUUUGAACAUGGAAGUUGUGCUGAGAGUGCAUUUGUUCCUGAAGUAUCCGUUCAAGAUCAGAAUCUCCUACCCAGUUUCAAGGAGAAAUCGCAAUCUGAGUUCAAUGCCAUCAUAGAGCCCCCUUCCGAACCUGUGAGUUCGGAUGCCCUAGAGAAAGUUGAUAGUGGUGUCAAAUUUGAAGAGUGUGAAAUUAAGAAGAAUAACACUAGUGUUGAGGGAUCAGCUUGUUUUGGUGAUAGUUUCAACUCUAAAGUUGAGAGUCGACCAAAAAUGGAUUUGGGGGAUGAAAAGUGUCAGAUAGGUGGACUCUUAAUUGCAUCCGAUGUAAAGAAACUGAAUAAAGAAUGUGUGAAUAGUAAUAUUAUAAUUAAUUCAGAUAGUAGUGUACAGUUGCCCGUGUACAGGGAGCCCGUUGCUGAUGCUUGCUUGAAGAAGCACUCGGCUGAUGUAAAAUUAGGAGUUAGAGAUGAUGACGAAAAUUCUUAUAGGUGUAAGAAACUUGGCACCAAGGUCAGGCCCUUCAAGCCUCGACCACGAACUGAACACCGUAGAAUAAGGAAAAUGAUGACAUCCAAAUACAGAAAGGUAGUUCCAAAGCGGAAGGCUUAUGAUCUUUAUAACACUAGCGAGGGAAUGAAGUCGUAUUACCAGUAUAGGAAGCGAAUCUAUACACGAGAGGGCUGUCAACAAGCACCUAUCAAGAAAAGGAAGUUGUUUGAUAACAGAUUUUCAGUGGGUUAUGAUCAAGAUACCAGCAGCAGCAGUAUCUCAAAUUUGCCAGAAAAGGGAAAUAGGACAGCUUGUGGUACGGUGAAAGUUCAUUCAAAAGGCAAGGACCCACAUGUGAAAUUUAGCAUCAAGUCUUUCAAGGUGCCAGAACUCUACAUUGAUCUCCCUGAAACUGCAAGUGUUGGUUCUCUAAAGAGAACUGUGAUGGAAGCAGUUACAGCUAUUCUGGGAAGUGGAAUACGAGUAGGUGUACUUCUUCAAGGUAAGAAGAUCAGAGAUGACAGUAGAACUCUGCAGCAGGCUGGUAUUUCUCUGAGUAAUGACCUCGGCACCCUGGGUUUUACUUUGGAGCCGUGUUUUACUCAUGUUUCCUCAUCCAAUGCUGCUGUUAAGCAACCCUCCCCAGUGUCUCCACCCACUCUUUUCACAGAUUCAGCCAUCUCAAAUGCCUCAGUGGACCCACCUACUGCUCGUGUGGCCCCCACAUCUGAUGAUGAUGAUGUGUGCAACAAAGAACUCAUAUUGUCAUCCUCCGACUCUCCUGUAGAUGAAGUAAUGGGUGGAGUAGCAGCUACUGCUCCCGACCCCAACAAUGCUUUGGUAGAAUUGUCUCCAAUAAACGUGGGCCCACUUGCAGUGGUCCCCGUGUCCAAACUGAAACGUAGUGAACUUUCACAGCGUAGAACCAGGAGACCUUUCUCGGUGGCUGAAGUCGAGGCUCUUGUUGGAGCAGUUGAAAAACUCGGAACCGGAAGGUGGCGUGAUGUCAAAAUAGGUGCUUUUGAGAAUGCUGAGCAUAGAACUUAUGUUGACCUGAAGGAUAAAUGGAAGACACUUGUCCACACGGCCAGUAUAGCUCCUCACCAAAGAAGAGGUGAGCCGGUCCCACAAGAGCUGCUCGACCGUGUUUUAGUAGCUCACUCUUAUUGGUCUCAGCAUCAGUCGAAACAACAUGGGAAGCAUCCGGCAGUCGAGCCUUCAAAAACUGAGGAUCUUUGUGGGGAGGUCAUCGGAGCUUGA